AUGGCCACAAAAUCUAGAUCCGUCAAUUCCAAAUUGCAGAGCGUCGGCAGUUCUCGCAAGUGCCUCUGUUCUCCGACCACCCAUCCCGGUUCUUUCCGCUGCAGUUUUCACCGGAACCGCCGCAAGGCCUCCGCUAGGUCAUCGUCAUCAUCUAUUACUGCCAUUACCAGUGCGCAGUUGGAGCUUACGGUGUACGCGAAGGCCAAUGCGGUGAGGGCGUUUCUUCUGCACAUCAUCAGGCCGUCCAGUAACGAUCUUCAGCGGCGGAGGAAUUUUCAUCCCAGUCCUUCCAGGUUUUGCUUGAUGAACAAACACGGAACCGGAUUGGCCGUUUCUUGA